AUGCCAUGUGUAAAUAAAGAUUGUCAGUUUGGAUUUGUAGACAGAGAGGAGGAACAAAGAGGCCUAGAAGAAUCAAUAACUUAUUAUGAAAUUGAAGAUGGAGAAGAUGCAACCUUUUCACCAUUAUCUGUAGGUAUCUGGCCAGGCCUGUUAUUAUUUUUCUUUUCUCUUCAUGAUGAUACCACAUGUCUUAAGUGGAGCCUAUAUUUUCUUUUUCUCACGGAAAAGUGUGAAUUAAUGACUGACUGGUUUCUUCUAUUCUAGGCGCAGGGUAGCAAUAUGGUGCCUGCUCCAGGGUUUUGGGUAGCAAGGAGUAAUCCAGGCCCCAUUGGCUCUGGCAAGCAAAAUAUAAAUUCGUCUGAAGAAGAGAUUGAGGAGCAGAGUGAUGGUGGUAAAAUAUUUUAUUUAUAUUCUGUACUGUAUUGUUCAAAAUACAAUUGAAUUAAAUCUAAAUUUGGGCCCAGAGUUAAUAUUUUUGGAUAAGUGUUUUGUUUUUUUCAAAGUAUUAAAAGAUCAAAUCUAUAUUGUAUAUAGAAUGAUGUUUAAAAAGUUUAUCCAAAAAUAUUAAAUAAUGAGUAAAGCUUAUCCAUAAAUAAUAAACAUACUUGUAGUGGUGUUUUGCUUCUAUUUAGAAGGCAUAAUAUGCAUUUAUAUAACAUGUCAAAGAUUCCACAACUCUUUAUAAAGUAUAUAAACACUUGUUAGAGAAUUUUACUGCUACAAAAAUAAUUCUUAAUUUUGUUAGGUUUUAAAUACUGAACAAUGUACAAUUCACUUGUUCUUAAAUUGGCUAACAACUUAACCACUCCAGGAACUAGGUUCUCUCGAGAUGCAACGUGUUUGUAUCAAGUCUCUUUUUGGCACUUUUGCCAUGCGUCCAUUCUACCAUAACUUCACCCUUUCUAUUUAAGUGCAACUAUACAUAUUAUAUAUGCCUUUUAAAUGAGAAAUUGGGCAUUUUUUGAUACCCAACAUGCAUACAUCACACAAUUCUAAAUCUAAUUAAAAUGUAAAAUUUAAAGUAAUACGUUUUACAAUUGUGCUACUAAAGAAAACUCAAAACAAAUCUCUAGUCCUGAUUGUCAAGUGCCCACUAUGUCUAGGAUUAUGGUUUUAAAGCUUAAACUUUGCAAUAUAUGGCAUGCUGAGUAGUAGUCACAGAAUCCAAAACUGCUACACAAAAGAAAAUAUUUGUAGAAAGUAUAUCCCCCACGCUAUGUAACUAUGAUGAUUUUGUUAUUUUUCUUUUAACCCAUAAAUUGGUGCAUAAUAUCAAUAAAAACUGUGCACAAUCUUGCAAUAUAUCUCUUCAAUGAAAACAAUCAACCAAUAAACUGGUGUCUCAUAUCAAUUAAACUAGUGUUCAGUUAUCUUACAAUAUAUAUCAUGCAAAUAGAUACCAACUAAGGUGCAUAAGUAACCACGUUAUUAUUCAUGCAAUGUUGGUACAUAAAUUAAGUACAAAUAAAUGCAAAAAAAUUGUUAAAUCUUAUGACUGAUUUUCCAGAAGUUAAACAAAACGAAAUAUACUUACACAUUAUCCAUUUGAUCUCAAGGAUAAAUGUGGCGUGGUUAUAGUACUCCCAAAUGACAGGCUCAGGUAUGAUCAGCCCCUUGUGAAUGUGGGAUGCAGUAGACUAAACACCAGCCGAUUUCUUUGUUUAAAAUCUUUAUUAUAUUAAGUCCUGCUACCUGCCGCCAUCAGAAACAGUCUGGGUUGCACUAUAGGUGCUUGUCAGUCCCUUAGUCCUGUUGAUCUCAGCAGCUUAAACCAGCACUUGGAGCGUGCUGGAUUAGGCUGCUGAGACAAACGGGAGUAAGGGACUGACAAGCACCUAGAGUGCAAUGCAUGAUUGCACAGACAGUGUUAUGGUUAAGGGGUUAACCAAAAGGUUGGAACCAAUUUGGAAGGGAUUGUCCUGUGACUAAAGGUCCUAUUAUUUUUGUUAUUGGCAUAGAAUAGAGCCUGAUUUGACUUGACUUUGUUUUGUGCAGGGGACUAUCACGGAGACUUCAUCUAUACUUCAGGUUAGUACAGUACAUUUCUUUCAAACAAGAGUACCCUUUCUGUUAAUAAGCAGAACUCUACAAGAUAAUCUUGUAAUGAUGCUUCUUUGAUCAUUUUCUGUCUUGGCCUCAUUGAUAAUAUAUUCCUUCGGUCAAUAUUAGUGAACACUGUUUAUUGUUAGUGUAUUCUACUAAUUACUUCAGAGUAUAGCAGAACUAGUCAUAUUAAUAUUCUGGAAACUUCCUCUUUUAUCCCGUAUGGUAAUAUAUGAUAGUAUUAAUAAAUAUUACCAUAAAUGCCUUUUCCUUGUGAAUUUGCACACUGUAAAUUCCUCCUUUGUUUGCUUUGUGAAGGGGUUUUGGUGUAUCAAGCAAAAACACUAGCUUUGUGAAGGGGUUUUGGUGUAUCCAAGCCCCUGCAAUUUGAGUGCUCCGUUCUUGAACGGAAAGGUUGAAGCUCUUGCACCUCUGGACUUUGUCAGUGAAGUAAAGUUCCUGCUGUGAGAUGGCAGGAAGUGGUACCUGGCCAAAUAUAGCAUAUAUUUAUAUAAGAUUUAUUCACUAAAGUCAGAAUUUAAAUCUGUUCACAUCAGUGUGAAAAAAUACAAAAAGGAUUUGACGAAAUAGUCACUGAUGAAAUACUAAAACAUCUAAAAUUUAAUGUAAGCGUAAAGAAAAGGUGUGUCUUGGGCAUACUGAGAUUUUUGAAUGUCAGAUCAUGCUUCAGGAGGUUGUAAGGAUAUGAUGUCACAGCUCAACUGCAGAAGCUAUUAUUUAUCAAAUUAAUAUAUUGUAUGCACCACUUGCAUCUGCAUCUGUGAGUUUUGUGCACUAAAAAUGCUAUUCAUUUGCACUUGCCCCACAAGCUAAAAGUUGCCAGCCCACACCUGAUCCAUUACAAUUGUACCCCAACUUUACAUUACAUUGGGGAAUGGGAUUACCUUAUACCCUCUGCACAGCCAAUGGCCAAUUUUUAGCCACAACUCAGCAGUAUUUAUUGUCUUGGAAUAUCCAGUUCUUUACUGUUGCUCACUUAAAGCACCACUCUAGGCACCCAGACCACUUCAGCUUAAUGAAGUGGUCUGUGUGCCAGGUCCAGCUAGGGUUAACCUUUUUUUUAAUAAACAUAGCAGUUUCAGAGAAACUGCUAUGUUUAUGUUAAGGUUAAUCCAGCCUCCAAAUCCUCUAGUGGCUGUCUCAUUGACAGCCGCUAGAGGCGCUUGCGUGAUUCUCACUGUGAAAAUCACAGUGAGAAGAUGCCAGCGUCCAUAGGAAAGAAUUAUGAUUGCUUUCCUAUGAGACCGGCUGAAUGCUCGCGCAGCUUUUGCAGCGUGUGCGCAUUCAACCGAAGAGGAGGAGGAGAGAGAGGGGAGAGAGACCCACAUAUAUAAAUAAAUGUCAACAUGCAGCAUAAACAUCAAUAUCACACAUUGGAAGAGCAGGCUCAGUGAAGGUGCUGGGCCUGGCUCUGGGGAGAGGAAAGGGUUAAAACUUACCCUUUUUCCCAGCGCCGGGCGGGAGUGGGACCAGGAAAAAGUGUUUUCCUUGCACUAUAGUGGUCCUUUAACGAUUAUGGGUACCUCUUGCAAUGUAUUCCCAGCACCUUCACUGAGCCUGCUCUUCCAAUGUGUGAUAUUGAUGUUUAUGCUGCAUGUUGACAUUUAUUUAUAUAUGUGGGUCUCUCUCCCCUCCAGACCCCAUUAAGUGGUCUUUCUAAAGAAAACAUUUUUUUCAUCAUAUCAUUUACUCAGUUAAAAAUAUAAAAUAUAAGUUAAAAAAAAACACACUUUCUAAUUGACACCCAAAAUCUGCCGCCAAAAAACACCCGUGCUAAAUAGUUUCUAAAUUUUGUCCUGAGUUUAGAAAUACCCAAUGUUAACAUGUAGUUAGCUUUUAUUUGCACGUUAUAGGGCUAUAAGUACAAGUAGGACAUUGCUGUUUCAAAAUAUAUAUUUUUAAAAUGUAACAGUGACACUGUAACACUGUUAUCGGUCAUAAAUCUCUGAAUCACACUUCACAUGUACGUAUUUUCUAAAGUAGACAGCCCAGGGUAUUAAAUAUGGGGUACAUCCAGUCUUUGUAGUAGCCACUUAGUCACAAACACUGGCCAAAGUUAGCAUUUAGAUUUGUUUGUGUGUUAAAAAUGCAAAAAAAACUCUGAAUGCGAACUUUGGUCAGUGUUUGUGACUAAGUGGCUCCUAAAAAAGACUGAACAUACUCCAUUUGCAAUACCUUGGGUUGUCUUAUUUUGCAAAUGGUAUGCCAUCAUGGGGGUAAUUCUCAUUCCUGGGCUACCAUACUCUCUCAAAGGCAACAUAACCAAUCUGGCAAAUUUCAAUGUAAAAAAACUGAAAAUCAAGCCUUAUAUUUUUUUUGUAACUUUCAAAAACACUAAAACCUGUACAUGGGGGGUACUGUUACACUUGGGAGACUUCACUGAACACAAAUAUUAGUGUUUCAAAACAGUAAAACUUAAUACAACAAUAUCAUCAGUGAUCGUGCCGUUUCUGUUUGACAAAUGCAAAAAACUUCACUUUCACUGAAAAUAUAAUCACUGUGAUAUGUUUUACUGGUUUAAGACUAAUAUUUGUGUUUAGCGAAGUCUCCCGAGUAAAACAGUACCCUCCAUGUACAGGUUUUAGGGUGUCAUAGAAAGUUACAAAGAUAAAUACAGUGCUAGCAAAUUAAAUAUCUGGACUUUCGGUCUGGGUUUUUAUGCAGGUCCCUCAAAUUGCAAUCAAUAAAAUUACUUAAUUAUGUAAAAAUAUUACAUAAAUAUGCACAUAGAAUUUAAAUAUAUAUACACAUUUUUCAAGUCUACGUGUAUAUUUAUGAAAUUAACGAUAUAUAUCGUAAUUUUAUUUAUAUAUACACAGAUAGAAUAUCUAUCUAAGUACAAAGGAUAGUAGUAGUAAAUGGAUCCCAUAUUGAGAGAUAUAUAUACUACUAGCCUAUGUACUUCCAUCGCUAGCUUCCCGAUUGCUAUUCAAUUCAACCUGGGGUCUGCUGCUUUGGACUUCCCCAUGUAUCCUCUUGCUUCAUCACCAGAAACUGCACCCACACUCCCACUUCGAAGGUAUGUAUGUAUUCUUUUGAGUUCUCAUAUCAUAUCAGAGAUACCCAUGCAUUAUUUGUAACUAAACUUAUUUGUAACUUAACUCUCCAAAAUAUAUAUUUACAAACUCGUUUUACAUUAUAUCUUCUGAUAGGAUCCAAUUUUUAUCAACUUGAGACCUAGACCAGUAUUUGUUGCAACUCUUUGCAACAUUAUAUCAGGUUGACUAGAAUCUGCAUCUUCACUAGAAUUGGAGGUUUUAUUCAAAUAUGUAUUCCUGUCCCUAUAGGGUUAAAACCACCAUCUAGCCCCCUAUUGCCUCACUAAAUAUAGUAAAAUCUUACUUAUAUUCAAGUCUGGAGCUGCAUGCUUUGUCCCUGUUUCUUUUAGACCUGCCUGCUGACAUCAGCAUAAGUGGUAGCCUGAUCCAAUCACAAUGCUUCCCCAUAGGAUUGGCUGAGACUGACAGAGGCAUAUCAGGGGCAGAGCCAGCACAAUUCAAACACAGCCCUGGCCAAUCAGCAUAUCCUUUUAGAGAUCAAUUGAAUCAAUUAAUCUGUGAGGAAAGUUCACUGUCUGCAUGCAGAGGGUGGAAACUCUGAAUGUUUGGAUGCAUUUUAGGCAGUAUUCAUUAGCAGCAUUCUGAUUGAAAACGUUAACGUUCAAAAUUGUGUGGAGAGGGGUGCAGGGAAGCAGCGCUUAUAUUGGUGUUCUUGGAUCCAAAGCAGUAUAGGGAACAAGAGGAGAGAACGUAAUCUAGUGUAGUACAUAAAAAAUUCUGAUAAAAUGUAGAAAACAAAAUGCACUUACAAUUUUCUGGAGCCUAAAUGCAGCUCCAGAUUUAUGCACGUGGACUGAACAAUCCCCUCUGUGAAUAUGAUGGUAAUCCUUGUGCUUGAUGUCUUGCACAGUUGUGGUGGUUUUCUUGGUUGUUGUGUCACAGACCUGUAGUCAGAUGUUUUCAGUAUACAGGAGGGAAAAUAAAAACAGGAAUAUAGUGAUCUCUGUAUGUAUUUAAAAGCGAAUAGAAAGAAGUAUACUCACAAACAAAGGGCAAAUGUAGGUAUUGCUCAAUCCCAAUAGGCGUAGGUGGUAUGAUCCCCACAAAGGACAUCGCUGUGUGAGUCCUCUAGGAAAAUCAUCAAAGAUAGGUAAGGAAGCUCCAAAUUGUAUAAAAUAGUUAACUUUAUUUGGAGACAAAUGGUAAAACAAAGUGUAACAUAAAAAUUACAUAACACUCUUUUCACCUACAGUUAGGCUUUCUUACGUGUCUGAAAGUAAGGCUCUUCAAAAGUAUUCAUUAGAAGCAUUCUGAUUGAAAAUGUUAACAUGCAAAAUUGUGUGGCCAUUAGCAUUCUAUUAUAAUUACCAAUUUCAGUGGCCAAACCUAUUAGCAGUAUAUUUUCUUUUCUAUUGCUGUGAUCACAAGCUGUCUUUAAAUAUAUUUAAUUUGGUUAAUUUACAGAAACUGGGUUUGAUAAUGCUUCCUUAUAUAGCACAACAGAGUCCACCCAGAAUUUGGUAUGUAAACUCUUCUGCUCAAUAAUAUUGCUGAGGAAAAAGGUGUGUGUGUGUGUGUAAUAUUUCUAAUGGAGAACUGUGUUGCUUACACACAAAACAAAUUAGAAAAUUGUAUUUUUAAAAGAAAUGCAAUAUAAUGUCUAUAGCUAAUCUUUUUGGUGUGCAAUUUCUUUACCACGUUAGCCUAUAUUUUAAAAUGCUCUUUUUCUUUGGGCUAUUUUGUGGAUGCAUAUUUAUAUAAAAUAAAAUAAUACAAUAUAAACAUGUGGAUAACUGUCACUUGACCAAAGAGGAGUUGGAUUUUUGCAAGAGCUUUUAGAUUUUUUUUAUUUAAUGAGAUUGUCCUGCAGUACCUGAUUUGGUGGGAAUUGCCGAUUCAGGUCCCCUUCUAUCCUCUUCAGGUUUGCUUGGACCUCAAAAUUAGGGUAAAAGUUCUAGAUCAACUCAAUAGAUCUAUUUCACUAUCUACCACACUUGUGCACUGCCAAUAAUGUAAAACGUGAGAAUUUCCCAGAUAUUUUCUUUUGCAAAUGUUGAUGAAACAAAGAUGGGAGUGCAUGAGAACUGGUUUGGAAACCUAAUGACAUUGACAGAACUUGCUGUCUGGAAUCCAAGCAGUCUGUUCACUCGUUUAACAUGUCAGUUAAUGCUCCUUUCACACCACUACAUAAACUCGUGUGCAGAAUCAAAACUAAGCUAAAAAAAAAAAUUUCAUUCCUAUUUUUUAAGUCUCUUCAAGAUGAUUCCAGAGUUUUGCCUUCCCAAGAUGACGUGGUUUCAUAUAAGUACUCUGAACAGGUAAUCUGAAAGCUGGCAAAUAACAUCUGUGUACAGCUGGUCCAUUUUAAGGACUAGUGGCACUAUGUGGUGGAAUAGAAAACAUUUGGUGGAUGGUGUGAUUUGGAGGAGUGUACAUCGGAUCAGUUUUACACAAGUGGUGUAUUCAAGAGUUUUGUUUUAUUUUCCCACAUUUUUAAAGGCCACUCUUGUGAAUUUAUGAUCGCAAAAACACUUAACACCUUAACUCCUGUAGCCUUUCUUUUGCUUCAAUCUUGGCAGUAGUCUCUGUAGUACUGAGCCUCCACAGAGGUAUAGGGAGAUUGGGACUGUUAUUAAACAGUGCCUCCACCCAGUGAUUAACAUAAACUAGUAUACACCUUCCUAGCACUGUGACAAGGAAGACUGAAAAUAAACCACAAAAACGUUGCUCGUAUCUUGGUGGAACAAUAAUGUUGAUUCUAAAACCACUGGUGAGCUUUUCAAUCCCAGAUAUAUAUUAAUAUAAUAUAUAUAAAUACAUUAAAACGACAGAGGCAAUUGUACAAGUUCUUGCCAAAAAGCUAGAAUUUAAGCUAUAUGUCUGUUAAACCAUCAUUUACUUAUUUCGUGUUAAAUGCACCCACACUUAUUAAAUAUAAUUUCACAUCAAAUAUUUAUAAAUGAAACAUAAUUUAAUAUGAAUAAAAUCUAAAAAAUUGUGACAGUAAAUCUUAAUUUCCAAAUUCUGCGUGAACGUCAUAAUAGUUAUCUCUUUCUGCAUUUAUAGAACACUGUGAUGUCCCCAUGAACAGGUUUUAUCAUGUUUUGGAAAGUUACAGGUCAAAUAUAGGGCUUUCCCAUGUCGGUUUUAACACAUUUUAAAUUUGCCAGUUUGGUCUGCUGGGCCUAUGUUUCCUUUGAGACCAUAUGGCAUCCCAUGAAUAAAAAAUCACCCCCAUCAUGACAUACCAUUUGCAAAAGUAGACAACACAGGGUAUUCAAAAUGGGUUAACUCACAUUCACUGAUGAUAGCAACAGCAUCAUCAUUAUACAUUUUACUGCUCUAAAACGCUCAUAUCUGAUUACAAAGGUACACCCCAUGUACAGGUUUUAUGGUGUUUUGGAAAGUUACAGGUCAAAUAUAGCGCUUGCCCUAUUUAGUCUUCAUACCAGGAAACUUGACGACAUGAUAGUCUGCUGCCUUUGAGAGUGUAAAGCAGCCAGGGUAAUAACAUUUCAUGACAUAUUUUGCCACUUUAUCACAAAUGCAAACCUCAUUUAGUGGUUAUACUUUUGUGUUUUUUUUUUUGUUUUUGUUAAGAAAAUAAUUAAGGAUGCACACUCCAUUAAUAAUCUAAAAUAUAACACUAUUCUAAAUUGCUAAAUAAUUACAAAGUAACAGAGAAUAUAUAUAACCUGGUACAAUGCAUCAAAGCGUAUAUACUUAACAUAUAGAGAUCACCAUCUCUUGCAGGCUGCCUUUCUCCAUUGACAGAUUUGUCAAUGCUAAUGUUUUGUUCUGGGAUAUAACUUUUACAAAAUUUGUCAGACUGGAGUUUGAUGGGAUAAUUUUGUAAAAUUUUUUGUGACAUCAAUGUGAUGCCACAUCCUAUUUUUUCCCUCUCUCUAUUGUAAUGGACACCGGAUUCGGAAACAGAUACCGGCUGGCAAAUAUGUUGGCUUGUUCAACUUUCAGAUCAAAUGUCUUACGACAUAGAGGCUAAAAAAAGUUAAAUGGAUCACAAACGUCUACUGCUGUUGUGAUGCCAGGUGUAGCCAUGAAUGGGGGUAUUUCUGGGGCAGUAAAGUUUGGAAGUACCCAGCUUUCCUCUGGCAUUGCAGGGUGUCCUAAGCUCCUUCUUGUAGAUGGUGAUCGGGCACAAUCACUGGACAACUUCACCCCCCAAUUCUCACUACCAUCCACAGAAAACUAAAAAAAAAAAAAAACACAAAAAAGUCAGCUUGAACAGAUCCCUCUGAUCACUGAAACAGUACCAUACAGCAUGGAUACAGUACAGUGAUCAGGCAGCAGGGAAAGGGUAAAAAAAAAAAAAAAUGACUCUAGCUGACAAAAAGGGUACAAAUAAAAUAUCCAUGUGUAAGAAAUUAUGAUCCUCUUACAAGGAUAUUCUUUUAGGGAAUGUGUGAAAAAUAAGGCACAAACACAAGUGUAUAAUACAAUGUAUUGUUAAUAUUGAUUUAGGCUACUGUUACAGAUUUUAGGAUGAUAUACACAUUAUACAUUAUAUCCAGUACAUAAUCAGAAGAUACAUAACAAAAGGCCAAUACCUAGACAUUUAAAUGAAGAUCUUCCCCUUGCGUCUUCACCUUGGGUAAUCUGGGACAGUCUCUAUCAGUUCACCAUGGCACCUGUGCUUGCUGCGCUGUCCUCUCCAAAAGAGACAAGGAGAGGAGCCCAACCUCCUUGGCUGUUGUUCCCGCCCUCUUUUCACAGAGAGUUCUAUCUUUACAUAAGUCCUUUGAUCUCAUUCCUCCAGUUACACUACAACACUCUGUAAAAAGAGACCAGUUAGGGUUGGUUUUUGGGAAGAUUGGACAGGAUGGCUUGGGAAAACACAAACUUCAUGGUUACACCUAGAUGUUAAUCACUCUGAUCUUCUGAUCACCUGAUAACAUGACCUUUUAAACCUUUAUAGUAAAGAUUUGUACCCUUUGACAACCUCCUUUAAAAUGGAAUUCCAUUGUGAAACCAGAUAGCUUAUUACACAACUGACCUUCACAAAGCAUAUGUCAAUAUAUUAAAAUAGAAAAUAUAAUUUUUAAAGGCACCCCAUUUCUUACAUAUGUAUUCGUGUGUGUAUAUGUAUGUGUGUGUAUAUAUAUAUAUAUAUAUAUAUAUAUGUAUAUAUUUUAUUAUAUGGUGUAUGAAUGCUGUGAUCAGCAUUGAAGAUUUAUUUUUUUAUUUUUAUACACUUUUAAGAAUCUCUAACAGUGAUCUAUCUGCCUCUCUCUUCUCAGCUAAAAUUGCUUAAAACCUGAAUUUAACUAAAAAAUUGUGACACAAAAUACACUCCAGACAAACCUUUUGUCUUAUGGUAAACUCUGGUCAGUUAUACUACAAUACAGCAUCUUUAGCAGCACGUUAACAAAUUAAUUUGUGUGCAUCUGAAAUUUGGUACAUACAGGUUACUUCAGUGAUUUCAACCUCUUCUUGUGUGAAUGCUGCCCCAGCUACUGUUAUGUCUUCAAACUCAGCUGUUGUCAUCCCAUCCACCACUACCUCAUCUGUCUUACCGCAGACUGCUGUGCAACCAAUGAUUGUCUCUCCACCACCAGCUACAGGAAGGCCAGGUAGGGCUUAAUUAAAAUAGCAUAUAUUGAUUAUUAAGGUUAUUUUCUUUACUUGGAUAUAGUGUUUAAAACUAUCUGUUGGGAGGGGAAGGGUAAAGACAAGGAAAGGGCGACAAAAUGGCAAUCAUCUAGUCUAAAAUUCAAGUUUCCCAGACAGAUUUUAUCUACCAAAAUAAUGGCAUAUACAGUAAAUACUUAUGAAUUUUGUAUAAAUUAUACACUAAAAGAGAAUUACACAAAAUGUAUAUAAUGCUUUCAGUACAUGAGAGCUUGCUUGUGAAAAUGGAAGGUUUUUUUUUUCUCAGUGGAUUGGGCCUUUUACCCUGGACAGCCACAAUUUGUGCUCUGUUUUCUGCAUUGACAUCUAUAAUUCAUAAUGCAUUGAGCUACUUCACUACACACAGUUUUCCUUAUUAUGAUGUAAAGUAUGAUCACCUUUUGGGCUCCUAGAGAGCAAUAUAGAAGUUGUAGUUGUAGAAGGGCAAAAGCCAAUAGCCUGUCCUUUGGUUUAAUCCAUUUUAAUACUAUUACAAAGACCACCUAUAUUAUUUAGAGGUCAGACUGAUUCCACCCAUAAAGGCAGUCCAGAUUCGAAAUGCUGGAAAGUCCCCUCUGCCUGCGAGACACAGCAAGCCCAAUGUUAGUUUCGGGAGAUCCUGUAGAAGGUACACUACUGCUCCCAAUCUCUGCAUGUGUUCUACAGAAAAACAAGGUUCUACAGCAGCUGAGGCACAUUAACCAGCAACCUACCAGGGACUAGUGCACAGAGUCUCCAUUUAUAUAUCAGACUAAUCCCAGACUUAACUGCAGUCCAGAUUCGAAAUGUUGGCUAAUUCCUUUUGCACGAGAGAUACAGCAACCCAGGAUGGUAGUUUCUGAAUUCUUUGGGCCUAGUCAGUGAGGUAUAGCUGGCAUCCCUCUUGGCACAGUAAGCAUGGUGUGCACAUCUGGCUUCACCUUUUAAAUUUGGGGAGAGCCAAAGGUAAUGUAUUGCAACAAAAACAGAGAAUAUGAGAACCCUGGGAAUGGAGAGAAACUCAAUAGCUUGCCCUUUGGUAAAUUCCCACUCAGUUUUUGCGUUCUUGUUCUAUUACAGAGUGAACCUAUACCAAGAUUAAAUGUGACAAAUGCCAGAUAUUACUUUUUCCUGGAACUGCCAGAAAACUGGGGAUCCUCUGGAGUCACUAGUUUAGAAUUAAAAUUUUUAUGAACUGGAGACCAUUUCUCAAUGAGCAAUGGGCUAAGAAUUCUAAGGAAUGCUGCCAGAAACUGGUGUCUGGCUAUGCAUCUUGUUUGCAGCAGGUCAUAACAGCAAAAGGGUGCUCUAUUAAGUACUAAAGAUGGUUGCCAUGAAGGGGUUGAAUCAUUUUGAGACUGGAGAAGUUCUAAGUUGCAUUUUCAGUUACACUUGGGGACACCUCUUGAAGUGUUAAGUUUCUUGAGCUAUUUCAAUUGGUUUGUUUGAUAUGUUCAUUGCAGACAGGUACAGUCUGUAAAUUUGACAGUAAACCUCAUUUUCAAUGGGGGUUGAAAAAUGUUGAUUAAAACUGUAUAUGUAUGUAUUUGUAUGUAUAUAAUUUCUUUGACAUACAAAACUAAUGAGGUUCAAAUGUUAUGUAGCUCCUCCCGGCCCUAAUGAGAUGGGAGACUGCACUGUUCCACUGCCGCCUCCACCACCUCCUUAUUCCUGUGAUCCAACUGGGAGUGAUUUACCUAGAGGUUAGUUAUUUCAUGUAAUGAAAGUGUUACGUAUUCUGCAAUCUCUCUCUCUCCCUAUUUUAAGAAAAUGUGAUAAGCAUCCAUUCUUUCAAUGACGUGGUUUUCCUGAGUGAAGGUGUUAUAUUUUAUGACUUUCAAUUUAUAUGGCUUAAUUAACCAAUUGCUUUGCACCAUAUCCAAGUACAAUGUGUGUACUUUGUAUGUAGUUUGGAUAAAAAGAGAUUGGUACCUGGAAGGGUCUUCCAAACUCUGUUGCAUUGUAUGUUAAAGUGGCACUGUCAUGGCUGAAUCACGUUUUUUUGUUUUUUUUUUAAACCGACUCCACUACAUCUAAUUGACCUCCUAGUAACCACCAAAUACGCCUAAGCACCCAAUAUUACCUAGUUUUUAAACUUUAUUUUCUGCCUCGACCUGGUUCUGGGCGCCGCCAUCUUUGUGUGGGUAGAUGAAGACCCUGUGGGAAACAUCAUCUGCCCACACUAGAUAGCGCUGUGAAAUUCCUACACAUGCCCAGUUAAACACUUGAGCAUGCGAGCAGGAAUUUUAUCUAUUCGUUCAUUUGUCAGAAAAACGAAUGAAUGAAUAGAAACAUCAGACGAACAAACACUGAAUAUCAGUGUCCGUUUGUUCUCCCGCCCCCUUCCCCUUCUAAAAAAAAAAAAAUGACCCCAUGGUGGGGCAUCUAUUAACUAGCGAGCCCCCAGCAUCCACCCAUGAGCGGAGGGUGGAAGCCCUAAAUAAAAAUUGGGGGUGGAGACCUAUUGUCCUCCCCCCAGCCCCCACCCCUGAGUGGCGGGUUGGGGCCCUAAAUACUGGGGGGUGCUAUUGUUCUCUCCACCCGGCGCCCACCUCUGAGUGGUGGGUGGGGGCCUUAAUUAACAAUAAGGGGGGGGACCUAUUGUCCUCCCCUCUGGCCCCCAUCCCUGAGUGGCGUGUGGGGGCCCUAAAUGAAAAUGUCCCCACCCAAGGUGACUAGGGGGCCCCUAGUCACCCCACCCACCCAAAACUAAAAUUAAUAAACCGCUACCUACUCCCCUCACCCUAACAUUAAUGAGGGGGGAAUAACAGAACAAAUUACCUGAAAAAAAAAAAAAAACACCAUUUGAUGUUUGCUUUUUUCUAAAAUCUUCAUUUUUCAGCCCCAAAAAAGCCAAAUAAAAACCAUAAUAUCCAUCGAACUUGUUAAUAAAUUAAAUAAAAUAAACCCGAGUGCAAAAGAAAAUCUGCCGAAAAAGAAAAAACCGGACGCAAAAAAAAAAAACAUCUUCACCUGGCGAGGGCACGGCGCAGACUGAGCUCCGCAGGGCAGGAAAGGCUUAUAAAGCUUUCCCACGCCCUGCAAUUUGACUCAGAGCACUAUGAUUAGGUUGGAAUCCAACCAAUUAGAGUGCUAGUCAUUUUACACAGCGUGGGAAAGCUAUUUGGAAUUUUCCCACACUGUGUAAAAUGACAGUGCACUCUGGUUGGAUUUCAGGUAAAUAUAGAGACGUAUCUGUCUGUCUUUUCAUUUACCUGUCAGAGCACUCUGGUUGGCGCAUCGGCAAUGAUUGAGGCAUGUUAUGCCUCAAUCACGCAGAGCGUCCAUAGGAAAGCAUUGAAAAAUGCUUUCCUAUGGACACUUUGAAUGCGCGCGUGGCAGUGCCACGCAUGCGCAUUCGGCGCCGGUGACGUCAGACAAGGAUGCUGACGUCGGUGGGGCAAGAGGGGUAAGGGAGCCCGGCGGGGGAAAAGGGUGAGUAGCUGAAGGGGUUUUUACCCCUUCAGUGCCGCGGGAGGGGGACCCUGAGGGUGGUGGCACCUUCAGGGUACUAUAGUGUCAGGAAAACCAAGCGGUUUUCCUGACACUAUAGUGUCCCUUUAAAGAGAGGUACGUUCGGCAUGAACAUGCCGCUUUAAGUCCUUUAAGGUGGCACUGUCAUUGUGCAGGCCUUUUCUAUUUUUAUUUAGGAGAAAGACACCUGGCCUACGAAGCCCUGUUUGGGACUUUUAGACUGUAAUGAGAAGCAAGUCUGCGCUUCCAAAACACUUUUAUGUUGACUUUAUGUAGGAUAAAAACCUUCUCCUUCUCCCAGUAAAUCAUUCUGUUUCUCUCAUCUUUACGUGAUUGCUGCUGAUGCUGCUCUGACACAGUUUGCCCAUCCCACUGCUUCCCCUUGCAGCCAUUUAUUUUCCCUAGGCUGAAUUCAAGAGGAAGGCAUGUCCAGGGGAUGGUUUCCCUGGUAACAGACAUGCAGUGCACUGCCUAAAUAUAUCAGUACCUACUGGCACAGACAAAACUGAAUGAGAGGAGGGGUAAGGGCUGUAUUUAAACUAUGAUUUUAGAGAAAUUCUGCUAGCCCAAUGUAUAGAUGCAAUUUUGAGUCUUUAUCAUUUAGGAUUAAGUUUUAUUGUCAUGACAGGUACCCUUUCAAGUGUGUAUACUGAACUAACAAACAGCUUUUAGUGUGUGCUUGCCUGUACACAUACUUGUCAGAAACUAACCUGUAAUAUUUUCAGUUUAGUGUAGCCAACCACUUAAGAAAUUGUGUCCAUGUCAUAAAGCUGUGGUGGUUCUCAAGUGUCCCUAGAAUAAUAAAAAAAUUCUUUAUUUUUUUUUUCCCCUCUAGACACAAAGGUUUUACAGUACUACUUUAAUCUUGGAUUACAGGUAAAAGCUUCCUCUCUUCUAGAAAUUGUGAAGAAAAAAAUUGGAAAGAAGGGAAAGUGGCACAUUAACUUUUUUUUUUUUGUAUAUGUCCAACAUGUUAGUAAAAAAAUAUAUUCACUAACCGCUAUGUUUUUGAGGUUCAGAUAGGGUUUACAUGGACAUAUAGCUUAUGGGUUGGAUUUCUCAAAUAGUCAUAGAUGGUGAUAAAGAAAACUCUGUGAACAAAAACUACAUAGUGUAUUCUCAUUUGUCAUUUUAAAUGUGUGUCAUAUCAGGAUGUCCUUAAUUGGUGGGAAAAAACAAAUCUAUAUAGUAUGCCACUGUAGAGUACAUAUUUCAGGAAAAAUACAUGUAUGUACGUAGUGGGGAAUCGUGAUGCAGCAUAAUAGAGAACUAUCCCACUUAACCCCCAAAUAAUGACAGACAACGUAGUAUGGGUGAAACAGUCAACAGCAUUUAUUAUAACAUGAUAAAUACUGGAUAACACAUCCAUAAUUUAUUUUUAUCUUUACCUAAAUGUCAAACAUAAAUUACCAUAACUUAGCAAAUGAGUUAACAUAUAGUGCCAUACAGUAUAACCCAACCGUCCUUGCCAAUAUACUGAUCAUGAGCCUAUGCACCAUUUCUUCUCACCUCCCCCCUCGGCAUAAAUUCCUUUUUCAUCCCAACGCUUACCACCAGCCGACCUUUUCCUCGCUCUGUGGGCACGUCCAAACAGGUAACCUAAGCUUAAAGGAGCAAUAUAGUCACCCAGACCACUUCAGCUCAAUGAAGUGGUCUGGGUGCCAGGUCCCCCAGGUUUUAACCCUGCUGUUGUAAACAAAGCAGUUUCAGAGAAACUGCUUUGUUUACAUUUCAGGGUUAAUCCAGCCUAUAGUGGCUGUCUUCCUGACAGCCAUUAGAGGUGCUUCUGCGAAGCUCAAUUAAAAAAUCGCAUUGAGCAUGCAGGACGUCCAUAGGAAAGCAUUGAGUCUACUUGGGAGCUGAUGACGGAGGGGGAGGAGAGUUCACCAGCGCCGAGGGAGCCCGGUGCUGGAUUAAGUUAAGUGGCUGAAGGGGUUUUAACCCCUUCAGCCCAGCCGAAGGGGGGUCCUGAGGGUGGGGGAAUUAAGGACUAUGUAGCUCCAGAAAAAGAAUUUUGUUUCCUGGCACCAUAGUGUUCCUUUAACCUUUUAGAGCAGGGGAGGUUGAGACCUGAAACUUGACCACCUCAUUCCACAUAUUGACAUAGCCGCCUCAAACUUAAUUGGCAAGGACAUACCCCCAGCCACAACCCGCUGUUUUAUGCCAAAAAUCAGCGAGGGACCCCACCAAAACCUCUUAAGGCCUGUUCCACCACUUCCUGCAGAGUGUGAUUAAAAUGGCAUGAGGACCCCCACUUACAGUGACUGACGUUGAAUUUCCAACAUCCUGGCCUCUGGUUGGGGGCCGAUUAGGAGGAUGUCCCCCCACCAGCCCCCCCCCCAAGAAAGGACAAAAAAAGCACCUUGUUGAGGAGCCGGGCGAGUCAUAAUUGAGAGCCAGAGGCCUUUGUCCAUCUGGUCCCAGGACACAGAGGUCGAACUGCCAGCCGCUGACGAAAUUGUUUGUUGUAUCUCCACCAGCUCAGCCCCUCAUAGGUACGACACGCAUUUUAGAUAGUGUGCUGAUAACAGAACGCAGAGCAUUUAUGGGGAGCCUUCUCCCCAAUGAUGCUAGCCAGGAUAGAAAAAGCCUAUAUCCAAUUCCCAAAUGUCUUGGGAAUUUUCCGAUUUAGCAGUAUUUCUCUGUCUUUCUCGGAUUCCUUACCAUCUUUCUCAACCAAAGGAGGAGCUUCCUCCAAUGGCGGGAGGGAAAAUAUUUCCACAAAAUAAUCCCCUUUCCAAAUACUCUCCCUAAUUUCUUGCUUCAAGUGCAAGCCCAGCAGGCCAGACCAGCGCAUGUAAGCAGCGCCCUGAACCAUGUCCAAAACGCCCGCCUCCUGGGAAUAUUCAUCCGCACUAGCUACCGCGCAGGGACCACUACCAAAUACUGACAUAGAGCUAGGGGGCCCAGAGGACUGCACAUACAGGGGUUGCUGGGCAGGGGACCAAACUGACAUGACCUGAGUUAACUAACCUGAGGAUUCCCCUCUGUCACACACCCUGCUCCCACUGAUCUAAAAAACCCAGAAGACCUGAGAGGAACCCCUCCAACACAGGACACGACUUACUAAAAGAAGAGGGAACACCGUACUUACCUGCUGAUGCCUGGCGCCCUGGCGGCCCAACGCAAACAGAAGAGAAGGUGAAGGCAGAUUGCCACAAUUCCAGUAUCCACUGUGUUUCCCAAAGGGGUUCCAGGCGCCACCUGCCGGGCAGUUCCAUUAACAGCAGCCAGGUCCUGUGAGAAGAGCAAUAGAGAGGAUGUGAGCCCACGCUCCACACCAGGAGGCAGCUGAGGGACCGGGAGGGAACAAGGGGAAGGCUAGAGGGCAGAGGGGACCCAGAAGGAGCAGAGGAGGAAAAGGAAGCAGAGGGACCAGAAGAGGAAGAAGGGAAACCGUGGGGACCCCCAGAAGACACAAGGGGGGACCCCAGGGGAAGACCAGGGAAUGGAAUGGAGUGGGGUGGGGGAGAAAGAAGGGGCGACUGGGGAAAGAGACCCAUGGGAGCUUGGCAGAGGAGGCUCCUGAACCAUAUGGGGCCCUUCCCCCAGCCUCUAAUGGUAGUACUGCGGUACCCUGUGUGGCCCUGCAGGCCUACUCACCACCGGGGCCCUGGUAACAGCCUUGCUGUCCUGCCUGCUGCGGAGGGAUCUGGAAGGGCGCUGGGCAGCCACCACUGGCCCGUGUUCCCACGCCGGAGGCCGGGGCAGACUGUGAGGUAGAAGCCAGGGGGUGUAGGCCACGAGUCCUGUGCGGCAUUAGUAGGCCGUGCAUCCUGCAUAACAAUGGCAGGCUGCGUGUCUGGAGCCCCUGGCGAUGCCUCAGGGCCGGGCUCCUACUUCUCAACCGGACAUGAGGUGCAGCAUCCAGGGACAGCAUUACUAGCGGGCAGAAACGCCAGCCGGUGCUAAUGCGGCCCCCAGGAGCAGGGGAGGCCCUUGAAGGAGCCUGGCUGGGGGGAGAGGAGCCAUAUCGCUCACGGCAUUGCCAGCCACCAUCUAGCACAGCAGCAGCUCUGAGGGAUGCCAAAAUAGUCUAGACAUCCAACCCUCAAGCAGAAUAACCUACAGGAGCAGGAGGACAGGAAGCUGUUUGAUGGCCCGAAUCCCAGGUGGCACUGAGGUAAGAACACCCCCACCAAUCUCACACCACAUAAUCCCCCACACACAUCAUACACAGCCAAUCACAUGCAUCCAUCAUCACACUCCUACAUGUGCCCUCGUCCACUCCCAAGGGCCUCACCAUAUACAUAAAAUGUUACCUAUUUUUGGGUCUUGUUUUGAAAUAGAGAAGGUUUGUACAUCUGUGAGGAUCAUGCAUCAGAAUUGUCUUUAUUGGUGAGGAUAAUGUUGUUAAAUGUUGGAUGUAUUUAUAUUUGGAUGUAAACUACGAGGGAAUGCUUAAGGGGGUUAUAUACUGAAACCAAAUUUAACAGAGUUGAAGCAAAAAAAGUUUUUGGGUGGAAACCAUAGUAAAGUUUUAACAAUCUAACAAAACUAUCUUGCCUUCUGAUUCAGUUACUUAACUGUAUAUCUUUGUUCUAGUGUUAUCACCAAAGCUUCUGGCAUUCUAUGGUCUAUGUGCAGCAAGUUCCACCUCAGGCACACAUCGAGCCUUACCAAUCGUUUCCAGAAUCUGUUUCUAUAAUUGAUCAGUCUGUAUCUCCACUGUACAGUGAGAAUAGAUCGAUGCCCAUGGAAACAGGAGGUAAUGAAGGAGAGGCAUUUAUGAUUUGA